AUGAAGUUUGAAACUGGUCCGUUCUCUUACUACGGAGUCAUGGCUCUGAGUACAUCGUCACUGGAGUUUCGUUCCCCAUCACACGGGGGCAACCUCAACCGCUCGGCAUCCCUAAGCUGCACUGAGCGCGCUCAAGAGAGCAGCUCCAUCGGUGGGAGCAACACUCAGAUCCCAGGAACCCCCUUCCAGUACAUCCCAGACUUCAGCGUCCGAGCUCUCGCUGAUCUUCAGUUUGUCAUGGUCACUCGUGCUCAUUACCAGAACGCUCUCCUGGCAUCUAGGCUGGACAGCACGCCACAGUCUCCAGAGGGCAGCCACACUCGCUUGGACACAUCUGUUUCUUUGCCUCCUUUUACGCAAGUGGGAGCACACACCCUGCCGCCAUUGGCCACGCCACCUGCAAGGCAUCCAUCAUCCAACACUCAGUCAACGCCGCAGAGCGGCCGCGCCAGCUUCACCAUUGGCACUUCCUCCUCUAGUCGCAGGCCGAGCCAGUCUGUGCCCCAACUCAACCCUUCUCUUAAUAGCCACUCCUCUCUCUCCCAAACGUCUCCCUCCUCUGUGAGCACAGUGCUGUGCCCCAUAAACCCACCACUGACUUCCGUGCCCUCCAAAUCCCAGCGGUCCUCUCCCUCUGAAAGCCCAGAAAAUGGUCCUGAAGAGACCACCACUCUGCUCAGUGAGCAGCAGAACUGUGUUGGCCCCCGCCAGCCCAGCCACACCCAACCACCCCCACAGGGUCACUCUGUCAGCCAUGCACACACUGAAAGCACCAUUUAGCUAUAGUACCUCUAGAAAAACUACCCGUUCACCCUCUGGCACUAUAUCUUGUUCCUGUACACUGGCUGUGUCCAAAACUUUUGUACUUGAAUGAACUGGAGGAUCAGCACAAACUUCAGAGAUCCUCCAUCAUCCCUUCCUGCUUGAUCCCCACCCAACA